CACCACCAUCGAAGGCGACGGAACCGCGGGUUGAGCAGCAUUUAACACAAAACCAUUUGCCCUUGAUUCGACACUAGGUUUUCAGAAGCCGACGUGUGAACAGCUACCCCUCGGGAAUACCAGGAACGUUCGUCGUUUUUAACACUUUAACAAACCAACCACCACCAACAACAUGUCGAAGAUCGGAAUUAACGGAUUCGGCCGCAUCGGUCGCCUGGUGCUGCGUGCCUCGCUGGCCAAGGGUGCCUCGGUGGUCGCCAUCAACGACCCCUUCAUCGGUGUCGACUACAUGGUGUACCUGUUCAAGUACGAUUCGACGCACGGUCGCUUCAAGGGCGAAGUGUCCGCCCAGGACGGUUUCCUGGUGGUGAACGGCCAGAAGAUCGCCGUCUUCCAGGAGCGCGACCCGAAGGCCAUCCCGUGGGGUAAGGCUGGUGCCGAGUACGUCGUGGAGUCGACUGGUGUGUUCACCACGAUCGAGAAGGCCUCGGCCCAUCUGGAGGGUGGUGCCAAGAAGGUCAUCAUCUCGGCCCCGUCCGCCGAUGCGCCGAUGUUCGUCGUUGGCGUCAACCUGGACGCGUACGAGCCAUCGAUGAAGGUUGUCUCGAACGCUUCCUGCACCACCAACUGCCUGGCCCCGCUCGCCAAGGUCAUCAACGACAACUUCGGCAUCCUGGAGGGUCUGAUGACGACCGUGCACGCCACCACCGCCACCCAGAAGACCGUCGAUGGACCGUCCGGCAAGCUGUGGCGUGAUGGUCGUGGCGCUGCCCAGAACAUCAUCCCGGCGGCUACCGGUGCGGCUAAGGCCGUCGGCAAGGUCAUUCCGGCUCUGAACGGCAAGCUGACUGGCAUGGCGUUCCGUGUGCCUACCCCGAACGUGUCGGUCGUCGAUCUGACUGUCCGCCUGGCCAAGCCGGCCCCGUACGAGCAGAUCAAGCAGAAGGUGAAGGAGGCUGCCGCUGGCCCGAUGAAGGGAAUCCUCGACUACACCGAGGAGGAGGUCGUCUCGACCGACUUCGUCGGCGACUGCCACUCGUCGAUCUUUGACGCUAAGGCCGGAAUCCAGCUGAGCGACACGUUUGUCAAGCUGAUCUCCUGGUACGACAACGAGUACGGCUACUCGAACCGUGUCGUUGACCUGAUCAAGUACAUGCAGUCCAAGGAUUAAAUCCAUUCACCUUGAGAGAGCCGUAAGGAGGAGGACGCUGGAGAGGGCGACAGAGUCUACGUGCUAUACUAAUGCAGCGCAUACCUAAGCUGUGUAAAAUGGGGAAAGCAAGGCGAAGAUAAAAGGAAGGAAGAGCAAUAAACACACCAUUCGGGGCGUCCUAAGGAUGAGAUAAGACGUUGAGUGCCAUAAGAUCACAGAUCCUUUAACAUCAAUGCUCAUUGGUGCGGUUUCAAUCCUCUUGCCACUUUAGUAAGGUAGCGAAAAGGAUCCACCGAUAGCAUCGCUGGGAGAUUGUGCGAUGUUAUUGCCAAAGGAUCUUUUGGGUUCUAUUUGCACUAUUUUGUCCUGCAACGUUUGGU